AAAAAACUGGUAUCACCAUUCACCGAGUGAAUAAAUAUUGGUUAAUUUGAUUCAAUCUAAGUAAAGGCUUGGUGUUUUUCAUUGCGGUCGAGUAGUUUCCUUUCCAUUCCAUGUGUUCUAAAUGUAUUUGGAGAAACUUCCUUUUCGGUGACCAUAAUCUGAUACAGGAAUUUGGAUCAUGUCUCCUAGUGGAUGAAAUACUAGUAUUUCAAUUGGAAAUACCGGUAUAACCUUACCCUGGAAUAUACAGAGAAUCUGCUACCUCAGAGGCUUGUUUCCCGUUGGUCAAGUGUUCCCUUUCGUUGAAAAGUGUAAGCUCCUCUGCAAUAUCUUUCUAUUGUUCACGGAGCAUGGGAUUGUUACUUUUCCUGGCUUGUGUUAUACCCCUGACGGUCUUCGGCGUCUUCGCCAAUAACAGAUGCACCUCUGUAGACUGUAAAUGUACCGAUAAUGGAGACGGAACCUGGACAGCCGACUGCUCCAAAAGGAAUCUUAAUUCCAUGCCAACAUUUCAGAUGAAUGUUUCAAAAAUAGACCUAAGCUUCAACAACUUAAAGGAAAUUGGUAGUUCUCCCCAACUGCCUUUGCUUCUCAAGGAAUUGAGUUUGAACAACAAUAAUCUGAAAUCAAUAUCAGCCAUCGUUUUCCAGAACCUCACCUUCAUGGAAGUUCUGAAAUUAGCUGGAAAUAAUUUAUGGUUGGACAGUUCACCAAAAUUGUCCUUUAUUGAUAACUUGUCAAACUUGAGACAUCUCGAUCUUCUAAAUAAUACAAGUCCUCAAAGUAAUGCCUCAUAUCCUUUUCAAUCAUUUAAGAACCUGCAGAAUCUGAAGUCUUUGAGGAUAGAUGGUCUUUUGAGGGGGGAUUUUAAUCGGAGAGAAUGGAAUUUAACCAGUUUAACAACACUCAUCAUCUCAGGAAAAAUAGGACAAUGUUACUUCGAAAAACUUGAAGAAGGUUUUUUUGGAGGUUUACCAAACAUAAAAUAUUUAACUCUAACAGAUUGUCCGAUUCGUUUUGUAAACAGGGGUGUUUUCAGUACUCUAGACUCUCUACACGCCCUUGAUUUAUCUAACAAUAGACACAUGACGUUUGCUGUACUUGAAAACGUAUCAUUCGAUCUACAAUUUACAAAUGUCCAAAUCCUUAACGUUAGUAAAUUACACUGCAAAUUUGGGCUUGGGACAUUUCUAUCUGUAAAGCAGAUUGUUCACUUUCGAAACACAACAAUCACACACCUUGACUUAUCAAGAAACCGUAUGGAGUUGAUGGACACAGAUGUCCCCAAGUAUUUACCUCCAAACAUGAUUUUCCUGAAUAUCUCAGACAAUCACCUUACAUGGGGAAUGUACAUGCUUGCAUAUCAAUUUCUCACAAACGUAAGAGUGGCAGAUUUCAGUAAACAAUUUUCGGAACCCUCUGAUUUUUCCGAGUUGGAUUGUAGAAAUUCUAUUGAUUGUACCUAUAAAAAUGACAGAAAUUUGGACAGUUGUAGUGGUCUCUCGAGUGAUAUUAUGACCACAUUUUCUCCUCAUUUAGCUUUUGAUUUGUCAAAAGGUAAUUAUACCUUUUAUAUACCACGUAGCCUUGAAAAGCUUUUUUUCCACGACAGUAACUUUUUAUUCGCUAUACGUGAGAUUCACUUGCAAAAUAACCACUGCAAAGAGUAUCAUCUACAGAACAGUAUUUUUAAUAGCUUGAUCGGUCCAAUGUAUGGCAUGGAAUACGCUGAAUAUUUCGAUUUAUCCGGAAACCUCAUGUACAAUAUCUCUCAGUCUUUCUUUGAUACAUUUCCCAACAUUACAUAUUUGAAUCUAUCGAAAAAUAUAUUAGGAAACUGCAUCCAUGAAAAGGUUGGUUUUGACCACUUUCAAGCACUAAAAAAGCUGAAGGAAAUAAAAUUGUCAUACAAUGGAAUUGAAUCCUUACCACCAAACUUUCUUGCAGGUGCUUGGUCUCUUGAAAUCCUUGAUUUGAGUCAUAAUCUAAUUACAAAUUUUACUGUCACAUUAAACGAAAGUACUCCAUUAAAAUACCUCGACUUAACAUCAAAUCGACUGCAUAUACUAUCUCAUGAAACAAUGCAGCGUUUGCAAAAUAUUCAUGAACGUCAUAACCUCACCGUUGCCCUUUCGGCAAAUUUGUUCGAUUGUACAUGUGCAGCACUUAACUUUCUACAGUGGAUAAAGGAUUCGAAAAUUCAUUUCAUCAAGAAAUCUCAGUACAUCUGUAAAACAACUCGCUCCAGAGUUCUAAGUUUUAACAAUCUGGAUUUCAUAAUAAAGGAUCUCAAACAGGACUGCCGUUCCAAUAUUCCAAGAACAAUCGGGAUAACAGUUUCUUUUGUCUCUAUUUUAACAGUUGGAAUCAUUGGUGUGCUGUUCAAAUUUCGGUGGACUGUACGUUACUACUACUAUCUCACAAAGUGGAAAAUCCAAGAAGUCGUUAAUCCUGCCACACAAAAUCAAAGAAAUUACAAAUAUUCAGCUUUUGUGGCUUAUACAGAAGGCCAUUCCUUCGUCGAACAGGAAUUGGUUUACCAGUUGGAAAUAAUCAGAGGAUUGAAACUUUGUCUACCAAAUCGAGAUUUUAGUCCAAACUUGAAGACAUAUGCCAGUGUAGCCUAUGCUAUUCACCACAGCAAAAAGAUCCUCUGCAUAGUAACGAGUGAUUUUCUGAGAGAUUCCUGGUGUAUGUAUCAGCUACAGAUGUCCCUACAGGGCAGGGUCUACAGACAGGAUGAGGACUGCAUCAUCUUUGUCCUCUUCGAAGAACCCUCCUUUGAGAACCUUGGAGGAGUUCAACAUUCUUUGUUGGUGAUGCCGUUCAUCGAGAAAAAUUCCUACGCGCUCUAUCCUCAAAACGAGACAGAUCAUUCCGCGUUCUGGCAGAAGCUUGUUGAUAGUCAAAAGUUAAGGAUGGCUGAGAUGUUUUAUUUCAUAUUUUUCCUGUCCAUUGUUGAAUCGCUGUCUAAAACCCCUUGCGAUAAUGAACCAAAUUGCGAUUGUGGUCCUGGAGAUCAGAUACUCUUUGACGUGGAUUGUUCGAAAAGAGGAUUGACGAAUUUACCUUCAAAUCUUGUAAACAGUGGUACACUGCACAGCAUUGAUUUAUCACAAAACCAAUUACAACAUGUCAAGAUACCUGAAAACUAUUCUAUUACUUUAAAACUUCUCAACUUAUCUUACAAUCACAUAAGCGAACUUAAGAAUGAAUCGUUCCUAUGGGUUCCUUACUUGGAAUCUUUGGAUUUGUCAAAUAACAGACUGAGUUUUAACAACACGAGUCUUCCAAGAAACGUGUUCCAGUAUCUGAGAAAUCUCAAGACAUUAAAUCUUUCCCACAAUAAUUUUGAUACGACGACAAAAUACAAUGCAGAACUUUUUCGAAAUAGUCCAUCUCUUAAAACGUUGGCAAUUGACGGUGUUAAAGAGGGAAACUUUCAUUUAAAUAUUUGCAAAGAAUUUAAAUUUGAAAAUCAUGAAAUAUGUGAAAAGGAUAGUAGGCAACAUUAUAAAAUGAAGCUAUUAAACUUGUCAUCACUGACGUCAUUAAUUGUCUCUGGAAGAGAAAAUGAUAAAUACUGUCGCAUAGAGCACUUAACUGAUGAUUUCUUUGAGAGUUUUCGUUACCUUGAGCACCUCGAUCUCUCUGGGUGCUCCAUCAAGUCAGUCAGCAAGGAUGCUUUGAAUUUGACUCGCUUGAAAUAUCUAGACCUGUCCUACAACGACAAACUAUCCUUCCACGCAAUUCCAAACAUCUCUGAACAUUUCAUAAAGAUGACCAAUUUAAAGACAUUGAAAUUAGAUAAAAUACAUUGCACUUUUGGGAUGGGAACAUACCUAACUGUAGACAUCGUUAAAAAAUUAGUUCAUAGUUCGAUUACUUAUCUGUCCAUAGCAAGCAAUAGGUUGGAGAUGGCAGAAUAUAACACUGCCCUUUAUUUUCCACCAAAUCUCACGUUUCUUAACCUCUCCGACAACAAACUAACAUUUGGAGGGUAUGUUUUCCACAUGAAGGACAUGGAAAACUUAAAAACAAUUGAUCUGAGCAAACAGCACACCACUCAUUUUACUGGGGUGCCAACCGAUUUUCAGGAAUGCAAAAACAAGCCAUUGUGUCCCUCCUCCUCUCUCAGAAUGAGUUAUAAGAAUCCUCAGCCAUGGGAAUGGUCCCUCCCUCCAAAAUUACAACAUGUAGAUUAUAGUAGGGCCUCCUUGCAUUUAGCAAUUGGAAAAAUUGAAGUCAACAGAUCGAAUUCGGUGAAAAAUAUCUCUUUAAACAGGAAUUUUUUGCAGAAUCUUACAGGACCGAUCUCUGGAUUAGAAAAAGUUGAAAAUAUUGAUUUCUCUUACAACUUCAUAUCAACAAUGUCAGCUUUCUUCUUUGGAAACUUUCCAAAUUUGACAACACUUAAUCUACGAAAAAACUUAAUUGGUAAGUGUAUAAAGACAAAUAGUUCAGCUUAUUUUCAAAAUUUAACGAAUCUUACAAGAUUGGAUCUUUCUCAAAAUAUGAUAAGGCAUCUGCCCUCGCGGAUUUUUGAUGGUCUCCUUUCUCUGGAGAAAUUGAAUCUUAGUUAUAACUUAUUAAGAGAAUUUUCUCUGGAUGAAGGCCAACUCGGCUCACUAACAGAACUAGAUCUGUCCAACAAUGAAUUGUCGUCAUUUCCCGACUCGGCAAAAAUGGCACUGGAUUCAAUUCAAAUAAGUCAUCCUGUGAAAAUACGUCUGAGAGGUAAUGAUCUCCGAUGUUCCUGCGAUUCUCUGGAUCUUCUCAAAUGGAUGCUAAAUUCGAAAAUAAGUUUUGUGGAAAGAGAUUUAUACAGAUGCCAAUACUCACACACAUGUCAGAAUUUGAGCAACCUAGGACAUAUCGUCAAGUCGCUUGUGAAGAAAUGUGAUCAUUAUGAGGAGCUUAUCGGCGUCCUGUCUGGCUUGUAUGUCGUCUUUACGGCACUCAUAGUGGCGGGAAUUCUAUAUCGUUACCGUUGGAAACUUCAAUAUAUCUACUACAUGUCAAAGUGGAGUCUUCCCGCUUCACGAAAAACUUUUAAUAAAAUAUACGAGUACGAUGCUUUCGUUUCUUAUGCUGACGAAGAAAGAGAUUUCGUCACACAGGAAAUGAUAUCAGAGUUAGAAAUUACGUCACAACGGGCGUUAUGCCUUCAUGAGAGGGAUUUCACUCCGGGGAAAUCAAUCGGUGAAAACAUUACCAAGUCAAUCUGUAACAGCAGAUAUGUUCUAUGUGUUGUGACAGAAAAUUUCUUGUCCUCUCAUUGGUGUAUGUAUGAACUAGAAAUGGCAUUAACAGACAACAAGUAUUCACGCGAUAAACAGUCAGUGUUCCUCAUUAUGUAUGGGGGAUUACCAACAGAGAACUCCAAAUUCAGAUCAUCCAUUCGACUCAUGUCCUUGGUGGAAAAGAAUGCUUACAUUGAAUACCCGAAAGAUGAGGGAAACAAGGCGGAAUUUUGGAACUCGCUUAGGGCCAUGUUACAAGAAUAGACCAUUAAUUAUUGGUGGUAGUACUGAAUAUGGAUUGAGGGGAAAAUUGAAAGAUCUUUCCGAGGGGUUUCUUGGGCUGACUUUAUAAUGAGAUUUAUUCAAUGAACUUAACGCCAUCCAAUUUGCAAACUUAA